UUUUGGUUUAUUUUUUACUUAUUUACGCACGACACUAAAAACCAUUGAAAACUAUCGAAUCUCUCUCUCUCUCUCUCUCUCUCUCUCUCUCUAUGAAAAAAAUAUCACUUUAUUUUACACUUAAAAUAGUUACUUUUUUGCACUUGUUACUGAACAUUGAUUGAAAAUCAAACUGGUUUGAUCCUGUCAUGACUGACUGCAACCGUGUUGUCGCAUAGUAUCGAGGUCGCGCAUAUGAAAUCCUCACGAUAGCAUACUCGAUCGUAAUCCACGAUAAUAGUAAACUCGUAAUUCACGACUCUUCUAGUGAUUCAAAUGACCUCUAACAUUAACGUUAUUUAUUAUGACUAUCGUUUUAUUGAAUAUAAGAAGAAAAUUGAUUUCCUUUUUUGUUUUUUUGUUUUUUUGUUUUUUUUUUUUUUGAUUUAUUUAUUUUUCUUUUUUUUUUGGAGGAGGAACUCCUUUACUUUGUUGUUUCUGGCUAUUAAUAUCUUUUGAAAAUUAAUUAAUCGUUAAAUAUUUUCAUAUAAUUCAGUCGUUCAACGUGUUAAAAAAAAGAAUCGGUCAUUACAGAUGUACCUUAUCGCGAAUUUGAACAUAAAGAGAAACGAAGAGAGAGAGAGAGAGAGAGAGAGAGAGAGAGUGUUGGGUGGGGUUAGAUGAUAUGAAGGAGUGAGGGUAAAGAAAAAGCGAUUAACACGAAUAAAUCAUACGAGAAGUGUGUAAACUCUUUAACCGAAAGAAUCUCAACGUAGUAUGUUACUCGGACGACUCAGGAAUAAAAGAAAGAGAUCUGACGACACCUGACACGAUACGAACAUGACUACGGGCACAAAGGAUACGGAGACAAAGAGUGCAGCAACUUGGCCACAAUGGAUCGCCGGUGUUGGCGUAAGUCUCCUGUUAAUGCAGAUAGGAUUAUUAGCAGGAUGGUCGUCGCCCUACAUAGAACGAUUGUUAACCGGUAAAUCGAUCAUGCUGAUAACGGUCCAAGAAGCAUCAUUGAUCGUAAUGUUUCUUAAUUUAGGAAGACUUUUUGGUGCAUUCAUUGGCGCUAUAUUUGUAAAUUUUUUCGGUAGCAAAAAGUCGAUACUAAUAUGCAGUAUACCGAUGAGCUUAUGUUGGAUCUUUAUAAUAAUAGCUGACAGAUUUUUUUUGUUAUAUCUUGGACGAAUUGCUGGUGGUAUUGGCAUGGGAAUGAGUUAUUCCUGCUUUUCACUCUAUUUAGGUGAAAUCGCGGAUUCUAAUAUACGAGGUGCAUUAGUGACAAUCGCUAUGGCCGGCUCUUCGUGCGGAAACCUGUUCAUAUUCGUCAUGGGAUGUUAUUUAUCUAUAAGGAUAUCCGCUGUUGUUAAUCUGAUAUUUAGUAUCAUUCUUAUGAUAUUGUUCAUUUGGCUACCGGAUUCUCCUCAUCAUUUGAUUAAAAUAAAUCAAGACGAUAGAGCCAAAAAAUCGAUCCUUUGGUAUCAUAGAAAUACUAACGUCGAUAAAGAAUUAUUGAAUUUGAAAAAAUUUAUCAAUGCGUGCGACGAGCUUACUACGUUUCAAGCAAUAAAGCAAUUUAAAGUACCACAGAUAAGAAAGGCGAUGAUAGUUACUAUUAUGUUAUUCUUUUAUUCACAAAUGUGCGGUCUCAAUACGAUAUUAUUUUACAUGGAAACUAUUAUAAAAUCGGCACAAGUUGACAUAAUCGAACCGUCCUACAUCGUUAUUAUCAUCACGAUAUUUGGAAUAGUGGCCUCAUUGUUAUCGAUGAUGCUUAUCGAUAAAUUCGGAAGAAAAAUUCUCAUGUGUUUCUCUUGUAUGAUCGUCACGAUAGCACUGAUCGGUUUGGGAACGCACUUUCAACUUUUGGAAAUGAACGUUGAUACGGAUAUGAUACAAUGGCUUCCAAUAGUUUGUAUAUUAUUGUUUGAAAUGGCCGUUUACACGGGAUUACUUCCAGUACCAAGUGCCGUAGUAGGAGAAAUAUUUCCGCCUAAUAUAAAAUGCGUAGCUGCAAGUAUAUCGAGUAUUUUCGCAGCCGUAUUUUCACUCACGGCAGCUGGAACUUAUCAAAUAUUCAUCGAUCUGAUGACCAAAAAAUAUACCUUUUGGUUGUACGCGAUAAUAUUGAUUACCGCUAUACCAGUUACGAUAAUUUUCUUACCAGAAACAAAGGGGAAAACGUUGCAAGAGAUACAGAAUGAAUUGAUGAAUAUAAAACCUAAGGAAGUUGAUAAUAUGAACGACAAAAACGAAAUUCAAAGAUAUUAAAAAUUUAAGAAUAUAUCUAUUUAUAUAUAUAUAUGUGUGUGUGUGUGUGUGUGUGUGUGUAUGUACAUUUUCGAUCGGACGAACCACAUUGACGGUGCUAAUGAGUUAUUAAUAUUUACUAUAAUUAUAUACAUCGAUCUUUAAUAUUAUUUAUUUAUAUGUCAUACAUGUAUGUGCGUAUGUGUGUAUGUGAUACUAUCUAUGUACAUUAAUCAUAACUGUUAGGAAAUAUAAUAAUUACAUAAAAUUA